ACGCACUCUCCCUUCCCUGCGCCGUGCUGAGCUGGAAAAUGGCUGUGUAGGGGAGCAGGGAGUCAUGAACGGGAAAAGAAAGAAAGAGCGAGAGAAAGAAGGCGAAGAAAGAAGUGAACACAGGGUUUGCUAGAAGUUUAAUGCACUUCGAAGAGCUUUCGUCGGCACGUAAGGACACCACACGGACUCUGUCGUCUUCUUUUAAGUGUUAAAGCGCCGCAGCCAAAAAGUGAGAAGAGUCAAGAAAUAUCCGCGGGUGAGUUUUUCCAAGUUAUUGCACAUUUCCAGUACAGCAAGGCAGCAGCAACUGUACUGGAAAAUGGAGGCUGCAAGUGUGCUCGGAGCACGCAACUUCACGCUGUUGACUUGUGUUGAACUUUUUAAAAGUUUGAACUCAUGGUUUCUAUCAUGUUUGUUGUAUUUUAUGAGGUUUACACAGUUCGCUUGGAUGCAACUUGAAUAUUUGCAGCACGUUGCUCGGUGCUGUGGACUACUGCAGUCAAUGUUAGGAGCUCGCGCUUGUCGACAGUUGACGUGUAAUGCUGAGCCUGUUAAAUUACUGUAACUUUAACAUUUAUGUUUGUUUAAGGUUUAUUUUAAAACUUAAAUUAUGCUCAGUUUUAUGUUUGUUUGCUGUCGGAGUAGUCACGGGGUUGUACCAAAGAAAACUUUCAGCUCAGCAGAAAAGUUAGCUUUAAAAAGUGGAAGUUAAUGCAGAAUUUAAACCUCUAUACUAAGUUUAAGGAUAUAUAUGUUUUGACACGUUUUAGCUAUAUGCCGGUAUGAAAACUUUGCAAAUUUAGAGAGGACUAAAAUUUUUAACAGCAAGGCAUAACACAACCAACUGUGUAGUGUCGUCCAUGUGUAUAACAUUGGGAGUGUAUGUUACACUAUAAUAGUGCCUUUACAUUGACUGCAGACCACAGGAGGCCAUGCAGCGUGGAGGCCUCACAUAGCUGAAGGCCUGGUGUGAUGUGUGAGGGAAAGUGUAUGUGUGUAAAUGUGUGAGUGCUCCAUCCAUCCCUGGUUUUGAGGAUUUGGCAUGAAUCAAAGAGUUAAUGAAAAUUGUACCGCUUGCAUAAUAAGACAAGCCACUCAACUGUGUGGAGACCCCCACCCCAUCACCACCCUCCUCUUGUAAUUACUGAAUCGAGCAUUAUGCAACCAAAUGUCACUUCUUCAUUACUCUGACAGAGCAAUGUGAGGCAUGACUUGUGGCAAAGCCUAAAUUCUUCCUCUAAAUGUCUCUGAAAUGUUCUAUGUGACUUGCAGGGCUUAUUUCUCUGAAAAAUAUCCCUAAAUAGUGGAUCCUCUCACAAUGUCACGUCAGAGGAGUUGAAUAAACUGAAGAAGUUCAACUCAACAGCUGUGCAGCUGUGGUUAUUUUUGUAGUUUGAUCUGGAGGAUAAGUGAUUUAAUCAAAAUAGCAAUAGAGGACAGCUUUUAGGAUGUUGGAAAUGCAUGCGGCUCCCAGCUAUACCAAGAAGAAUCAUCUGAUAGCUACAAAAAAUAUAUUAUUUUUGACUCUCAGGGAAAUAAACCUGUAUUUUCUUUUUAGAAUAAUAUGGGUAAAAUCUAUUCUGUGUUCCUUGAUAUUGAAAGUUGUUCUGAAUGUGAGCAAAUACUGAUCAAACAGGUAACAGUUGAUUUACCUUGAGAUCCCCCUGAGAAUAAUCACAAGAUCAUAUUUCAAUUUUGAAGUAUCACUGUCAAGUGACAGACUGAAAGCCAGACGAGCACACUCAUUACUUACAUUUGACAGGAUGUAGGUGCCACUUAAUUUUACUGCUUUAUCACUUAUCAAGUAAAACUGGUUCCCUAUGAAUCUUAAAGAAGAGUCAUGCUGCUAUUUUGAUAUGCUUUGUUAAUACUGCGUUUAACGUUCAUAUAAUAAAAUUAAAAUAGUUAUGAAGGGGUUGGAGUGCAGUUUUAUAGUAUGUUUUGAUUGGUACGAGAGAUAGAGUCAGUUGAGAAAAGGAAAACACGGAGGCUCGCUAACCUCUUACUACAAGCUAACUACGCAGAAAAAAAGGUUGGAUAUUUCCAGCUGGUGCAGCCUUUUCAGAUUUAUCACAUAAAUCGGAUUUUCUUUGUCACAGUCACAGUGUUUCAUUUAAUCAGCUCGAUAACAGGGAACUGCAUUUUUAUCUUUUAUUCAACUGUAAAGCGUUGCAGCGUCCUUACAUUUUUAGAACAGUGGCGUCUCAGUGCUCUAUAAUCUCCACAGCAGAUGUUUCUGUUUUGCAUUGAGAGCUUUCGGCCUCAUUAAGGACACACAGAGUUCAGGUGAGCAUAAGUCAAAUCAAGAAGUGUCAAAGCCUCCAUUUUGCUGAAAAAUAAGUCGUCACAAGCUGCUGUGUUGUUGGCCUGUCCUCCCUGUGGCGCAGUAGAUUUUUCAGUUCCAUGUGGACAGAUGGCCCGAGGCCAGGCUGCAUGCGUGGUGUCUCUGUAGUCAGUUCUUCACCAGCGGGGCUGUAAAGGGCCAACACAUACAGAGACAUUAAAGCAAAAGCUCUCUGUCCAUUUAGAUGUCCGAGGACCUGAAGGUGCAUUUUAAUGUCUUCGAUAGUUAACAGUUAAAAGCAGCACUUUUACAUGCAUGAAAUUCAACAGUUUCUGAGACACAGUAUUGUGUGACUCUGUGUUUUGAUCCUUAUACUAAAACUCUAUGUUUCCUCUCUGUUACCUCUUAAUAGCUUAACAUGAUAAUUAGAUUUUUUUUAAAAGCCUCCUGUUACUCACUGUGGUGUAUCAAAAUAUCAUUAUUUCAGCCUCCGUCUAAAAUGCUUCUUUUUAGCUGCUGUCUCUUUAAGGCCCACCCCUCCACGAGCCUACUGUCUCCUGAUUGGCCACCUCUCCUGGGGCAGGGUCGACUUAAGCAGUUUCAGAAUGGUCUUAAUUUUCGUUAGGCCGCGCUCUCACCUAACUUAUUAACUCAGCUAAUAUUUUACUAGUAGGUUUCUUACCUCAUCCUCCCUCUUGCUACGAACCUAAAGGGUACAAAUAAAGCAGGGUAUGGCUGAACAUCCAGUGGUAGAUGUCAAGAGGCUAACACACUUUUUCUAUGUCCGAUGCCGACACCAGGUCAGCCGUGGCAAAUCUACAAUGCUGAUACCAUAUUGUUGUAAUUUAUUUUUCUGUAUUUGAAAGACAACAGUUUAAUGACACUUAAAGAUGAGAAACAAAGUUGCUGUCAUCUCUUAUUUAAUACAUGUAGAAGAUAUAUGACAUAGUAAAAUAUUUCUACAAGAGACUUUUAGAUUUCUACACAGUUAUCUGAAAUUUAAAAAAAAGAAAAUAAUUUCAAGGUAAAUAUUGAGAUUAAAAUAAAAAGAAAGUCACGUAGAAAUCCAUUAUUCUGCACAUCAAGGUCUGAUAAACAUGGCUUUCUUAGCCAGUUACAGGUUUUAGAUGGAAUUUAAAUGAAUUUAUGGAAUUGGGCUAUAAUUUUUGCAGUUGACGGGUAUUUAUUUAAGAAGCAAUAAUAAGUUGCAUUUAUAUCACAACAAAAUCUAUACUAAGCAUUUGUUGGUGACUAUUUAGAUCCAAUUUGCUGUCAUUUAGGAUGUGAAAAUUGUGUUUUCAUUUAGAAAAGGUAAGGGUCAUUUUGUUCUACUGAUGACCAAUGUUGAUAUGAUGCAGAUUAUGUCAAAACGCCAUAAAUCCAUAAAUAAUUGGUCUAUCUCUAGUAAUUUAUCAAUAGCAGACUGCUGUUAUGAAGAAUGACCCAUUGCUAUUGAUAUGGCUAAGAAGGACAGACCAACAGCAAUUAUAUCCCUGAGCACCACAAAACAUUUGGUUUUGGUGGGAAAACCAGGAAAAGAAACCAAAAGAGUGAGGAAAAUACAGGGAGGCUCGCUAAAACGCAGUUGUCUAGGACAGAAAAAAACUGGAGAUGGCAAAGAAAGCCAAUACUCAAGGCAAUGCGAUGGGAGAUACCACGCUGUUUUAUGCCUGAUUUAAGACUGUUACUAUAGAGACAGCUUACACUAUGACAGAAAUAAAAUGACUUUGAAAUCACUUAAACUGUUUCAAAACCAGUUUUUAAUGUAAAACGAUUAAUUUCAUAGGUAAGUUACAAUGCUGCAACCAAAAAUGUAGAGUGAGCUGAAGUCAGGACUGUAUUGUUUUAUCUGACAGAUGAGCAGGAGCAAUGAACAGCUCUUAUAUACCAACUUAUGUGGUUUAGUUUUUAUGAUAUAAUUUUCACACCAAAUCACUGGUCAGGGGGCUAAAGGUCCUUACACACCAGGGCCGACGCAAAUAUAGAACGCGAAAUUAUGAAAUAUUUGGAGGCGGAUUUUGACGCGCCAGACUAUACACAUCAAGCCUGAUGAGAUUUUGCGACUUUCCGGUGGGGAAAAAGAUGCGUCCCGGGUGGAAGCGAGAAGACUAACACAACAGCAGACUGACUGUUUUUCAGUUCUGAUUAGACACUAGUGUUGAGAUGGCUGUCUGUCAUGAUAGCAUUACUGAGUCGGGCCAUUACCAGAUAAGCACAUUAAACUAUAAUCCAUAAACAUAAGGUAACAACCGAGACCUAACGGUGCUGUGACAGCAACGCGAUUGAGUUUGAGACAGUGAAAAUACAUAUGGUAUGUUGUAUCUGAACCGGUUAGCUUACGAGCUAAAGUUACUUAGCACAGAUGAAAGUUAAAACAAAGACGUUUAGCAAACUGUUAAAACACACAAACCAUUGUCAUAUGAGAGAUCCUACACUAUGACUCUCCACAAGUUGUCCUUCAGGUCGUUAUCUUUGUAAUGUUUGUGUUUUUUAUCAAAAAGCAAUCUGUUCUCCGACACGUAAACAAUCAGCCGGUCAGCCAUGUUGGAUAUACCGGUAAAUCAGACAUCGCAAUAACACGCAAUCUGAUUGGUCAGAAGUGAACACACAGAAUGCGAAACUUUAGAAAAAUCGACCGUGAUAUGAAAAAAUAAAUGCUGCAAUAUCACAGGACUGGAAAACGUUGCUGAUGUGAACGCUUGUAUUGACAGGAUAUGGGUUUGAAAAAAAUUAUUGACGUCCAAAAUAAUCGCACGAAAAAAAAUGGUCCCGGUGUGAAAGGACCUUAAAGUAUAUCAGCUCAUAUUUUAGACGUGCCUUUAACAAGCCUAUAACAGCUGUUUGAUUUAUGUUAUUGGAGAUUUUAACACAAGACAAAAUAAAUCAUAUGUACACCACUGGCAGUACAACAGGACAGCAGCCACACUAACGCAGUUUGUCAACCAGAUACCACAGACAAAUGUUUUGUUUUUAUUUAUAAAAUCUCAGUAAAAAAUGCAUCAAAAAAGAUAUAUUGAUAUUUUCUGUGUUUAUAAUAAACACAUGAUGUACAGUAUAAGUAUGAGUAACAGCCACAGACCAGCAAAUGAACUGAAAUCUCACAUUGAUUUUUUUUAAGUUGUUACCUUCUUCAGGCUUUGCAAAAAAAUCAAUUGCCCACGUGUUAAUUUUUCCAAGAAUAGUUAAUACUAUACUUGAAAACAUAUAUGGACACACGUGUGAUUUUCUUAGCUGCGUCUGGGUCUCUGGUAUCACUCUGUUGCUGUGUUAGUAAUGCCCUGAAUAGCUUAUUUGCCAUUUUACAUUAUGCAUGCUGGUAUAUAAUGAACAGGUCAGAGCUCCACUGGCUGACUAAACACAUCAAGAGUCAUCUGACGGCUACACGGGAACAUCUAGAUGCCAUUUUGAGUUCAGUCUGGGUCUCAUUUUCCCCCCACAGUGAGACACAUUCAUGUCUGUGACACAGAUAGCAAAUCUAAAAAAAAUUAGAAGCUCUGUCUCCUUAUCGUGUGCUUUUAAAUCACUGCUGUGAACUCCUGAACUAGUUUUACUAAAUUAGUAUACGCGCGCCUUUAAGUCUGUUUCUCAUAGCAGUCUUCUUUCACAAAGGACAAAGUGUAUUUUUCUUUCUUUUUUCAUGUGGCCAGCAUUUCUCUCCCUGUCAACUCAGAAAACAAAAAUCUUCUCCUCUCAUCCCAUUGCACGACUCCGACGUGACUCAUGAAAUCCUCUCCAAUCAGGAGCAGCCUUCAGUUUUUCCAAGCAAUACUCUUCUUCAUCAUCCUGUGGCACUUUUCAUUCCCUUUAAAUCAUCAUUUCAUCUCACACGAUGAGAGAUCAUCCGAGCUGCAAAGAUGAAAAAAGUCAAAAGCGUGUGAGAAGGUGGAGUUGUUUGGGUCAGAUGUUUGAUCACUGCCUAGAUACAUUUUCUAAUAUUAGAACGUUUCCUUGAUUUGCCGGGCUUCUCUGGUGCUGCUGAGCACAUGGCUCGAGUAGCAGCCAAUCAGAGUCUAGGAUUAGCUUUCCCUCUCUCUAGCAACAGUGAGUUACUUGCUGCCUAUUCAUUAAUUAUUUUCCUGUGGUCUCCCUCAGCCGUGUGGACUCUGCUGAUAGCAAAGUGCUUCGUCUCUCAGUCACACUCUGGUUUUUCACUGCGCUCUGCCGCUCUGUGCUCUGACUGAAUAAAAGUCUUGAAAAAGAGAAAAUGGAUCCAGUGACGCUGAGCCUGACAGCUGUUUCUGCUGCUGCUGCUGCUGCUGCUGAGCUACUACUACAACACUAUCAGACCAGGACUGUAACAGAGAUGACUCCUUUCUCACCUCGUACGACUUUUCCUGCUCUGGAACUAAAUAAUAGAACAGGAUUACAGAACGAGUGCGCUCCCCUCGCUCUGCUUUUUCGCACCCUUGGUUUAGUUUUUACCUUUUUUCUGCUGCUGCACUUUGACUAUAAACAAAACACGGCAACUGGAAAACCGACGGGACUUUUUUCGCUGGCUGAAGAUGGUGGGGGGGGUGUCAGUUGGAGGAAACACUCUGUGUGUUUGGAGUUGGAGGGGGGUAGAGCAGGUGGAGAGAAGAGGGAGGGGGGUUUUAGGGUUGGGGGGGGGGGGUUAUGGUGGUGUGAGGAUUGCGGGCUGUGGUUGGGUAUGCCAGUGCCACGUGUCUAGCCUGGCACCUCUUGCUUCUCGACUCGAAGGAUGUUGGACCGAGUGUCUGGCUGAGCCUGUCCGGCUUCUCUCUGAACCAAAAGUGGGGUGAGUGCUGCACUCUGCUGCAUCCUGUUAUCACCUUAACUCGGCUUUUUCAUUUCUAAAGACGAUUUUCUAAGUCACUAAGGUUUGCAGGGAAUAUGCGUUCGCUUUCCGAAUGUCGUGUGGGGAGAGGAUAAUCUAGACUAAGGUUUCGAAAGCAUGCACUUUGGCGUUCAAAGAUGCAAAACGGAGGUUUUCGGUUUAUUUCUUAACCUUUCUCCUUGUUUUAUUUAAGUGUCUGCAAUGCAUCACUCAAAUCAUUGUCUAUUCAGGAACGUUUAUGAAACGGUUGCACAACAUCGGGCCUCGAGAAACCAGGCCUUUGGUUAUUCGGAUUUUGGCAUUUCGGAAAAAUGUCCCAAAUAGCUGUUGGCAUACAAGACCAAAACUUCCAUGCACCUUCACGUCCCUCUCACCCUCCCUCUCUACUGGCUUCAUCUCCUCUCUGACAUCCUUUUAUCCUGUCCAGAGAGGUUAACAUGACCAUCGUCCUUGGUUGGUUCACAAACCACAGAUGUCGUACUUAAUCUGGAAACCCUAAUCUCUCUCUCUCUCUCUUCCUCACUCUCAGCCUGAUCUCUCAGCGAUGGUACCGUUUGAAUUUGGACUUUUUAGCAGUUUUAUUUUGCACCCCUCAAAUCUCAAACGACCAAAUGGGUCAGUCAUUUUUUUCCAUGUUUGGUGGUGAAUACUGUAAUCUCGUGUUUCAGCCUCGGAAAUCAGGAUAUUUCUUCAAAGCGAGUUUCCGAAGGGUUCGGUUUAUUUCCCUUUUUUAAAAAACGUUUUCUUGCUGUUGUUCGAUGAUCAUUUCCCACUUGUGCGUUUCAUUUUAGUUGGCCCUGCGAUCACUUCUAUCAGAAUACUCGUUGUCUGUCCCAGGAUGACCUUUUUUCUCCAUUUUGAUCCUAUAAAACAACUGACAUGAUGCAGUGAAACCUUCGCUUUAAGGUUCUUAUUUCUCGAUAUUGUAUCAGGCUUUAGUUACUCAGUUGACUGACUGUUCGAUAUUUUCAUACGUGGGCAGACUUGGUACACUUUUAUUUCGUUGUUUCGACAGAACGAAGCCGAAAAUAUUUCUCAGCCAACACAGGUCUCUCUUUUUCUCCCCUACUGAGAGAGAACUGUUGCAAAGGGUUCUGCAUGUAUCAGAUCACCCGGGUCGCCCUACAGCCUUGAUGCAGGUCCUACUUUCUUUUGCAUGCAUGAUCUCCCCAAAAUGUUUUUUCUUCGCCGUUUUUGCACGGAUCUUUUCGGAUGCUGCUCGAUGUCGUGUUAGUUGGAAGGGACAUGUAUUUCACAGUGAAACUUCUAGCUCUUGGAAAGUGUGAUGUGUCAGUGAGGGCUGUGAGUGUGUGAAUGUGGAGUGGAGGGAGUGGAGGCUCUUGUCCAGGGACUUUGUCUACCGAUGGUCAUGACGCAGCAGCAUCAUUCGAUUGCUCCGUCCUAACCGAAGACUGCACAAAUGCAUGGAGAUGCCGCAGUUCGCCAUUUUCGUACACCGCUCAAAGCUUCACAUACCUACUCUAGUUAGUGCUUUAUAUGAAGAGGUUUCGUCGUACAGAAACGACAUUUAUCGACAGUUAUUUCCUAUUUUCCACGAUUUAUCUUUUGAUUUUUGACCCUGAUUUCUGUUUUCUUUUCUUUUUCCUUUUUGGGUUUUUAUGUUAUGCAGGUCAGUCGUAAUCUUUGUCCAGAUCAUGUGGGAGCCCUGAGAGAACCGAAGAGGAUUAAGGACCUUCCCACUCCGCCAUUCUUCGUCCAAUCAGACCGCUUCUCAAAACCUUGGGGAGCCGGCGACACAGGGCCCUCGACUGGCAAAAUCUUUCACCGGGCUGCUCCGAUAGCACCCAGCCAGCAGGUUUCCGCAGCGUGAAGGAGCAUGUUGCCAACGCUCUCCCUCUGCUCCAUCAUCUGGCUCAACCGGGGUAUCAAGCUGAGGAAAGUGCACCAGUCCACCAACACCGGUCAGGUCUAGAAACUGCUGCAGACACAGACAGACAGAGCCCCAGCAGAGCGCCACCUUAUCGACUUCUGAAAAUGCUUCUAAGCUUUGGGUGACUCCCCGUUUCCCCUUUACCCUCCCCCUGACCACCUGGGCCUCCAAACCAACACCACCACCAGAGUAUAGUGACUCUACAGCCUCUUCGGUUUCUGCGGAGGAUUCCCGUAUUGCAGAACUCUGUUGUUGCAGUAGGACUCCGGCUGCACUACUUAAUCCUCUUGUCGGUGGCCAUUUUGAAUCCUGCCUCCCUCCCAAAAUGGCGGUCGAAGGUUUUCAGUAUCUCGCCCUGUAUGCAUUUACCAAGGACCAGGAAGAGGACUUGGAUCUGCAGCCCGGGGACCUUCUGACCGUCAGCAAAGCAUCGUUGCUGUCCACGGAGAACUACGAGGAGGGCUGUGAGGAGCAGCCUGAACACCUCGGCUGGCUCCUCGGGUACAACGAGCGCACCAAACAGAGAGGAGACUUCCCAGGGACGUACGUCAAGUACGUGGGCCCUGUCAAGAUGGUCCUGCCAUCGAGUCAACCCAGAUCCCAGCGACCUCUUCCUGCUGCCCCAAGACCAGAGGCGACUCAAGGUAAGAGCCUCCGGUGGUUGCCUCAGUGAUGCAGCUAUAUGUGUUUGUCAUUUAUUAAUAAGAAAAAAUUGAAGAACAAAAUCACUGCAAAAUGCAAGAUGACCCCAAAAAUGAGGUUGCAGUAAAAACGUGAAGUGGAGUUGAAUUCAAAUACAGACAACAUGUCGGUAUCACUGUCUGUGAGGCGCUUUGUUGUUUCAGCGCAGUGUCUGUCAGCGGAAAACAGUAAAACUGGCUCCUAAAAAUAAAUCAGGCAACAUUUCAUUAAAUAUUCUUUUUUCAGGAAUUUUUGGGUCUGUAUCUUUUCUCUAUUUUUGCUGCUCUGCAUGAAAUUAUUUUGGUCUGUCAUGUGAUGUCACACAUCAACAUGUAAAAGGACUCAGGUCGCAGUGAGCCAAGCAUCUUUGAACCCCCCUUCUUUUGUAGUCCUUCGUCAGUCUAUGUUUCUGUCGUAAUUUUUACAAAGAUUUUCUUUUACAUGUGGAUUUUUUUUUCAAUAAUCAAAACGAGAACAUAUUUUGGGUUGAUUUGAACACACCAUGCAUGUACAGGAGUGGAGUCCUGACGAAUGCUGAGCUGCAGGAUCACACAGACUGAAAAACAGCUGUUGGAGUUGUUGGUGUGUUUCUGGUUUGGCCUUCUUGGCAGUUUUGAUCGGGCUCUCGCAUUUGGCAGCGACCUCUGGCUGACCCUUUAAUCUUUACUUAAAACACGUCAUAAGCCUUACCCCUUUGGAAGCACAGCUAACCAAACUCUCACUGCUGAAUAAUAAAGGGCUAAUCCGUCUACUUACUGGACUCUCCUGUACAGGUCUGCCAUUGAUUCUGUCUGUCUGUGUGGUCUCCUUUACAUUCAACACUAACUAUGGCGUCCAAACUGCAUCUCGCUUCUCCUUGACUGUGACUUAUUAUUGACCUGACUCAGAGAUGGGAAAGGAAACAAGCUAUUAGAUAUUUACUUUUUUUUUUUUUUUUGCACGGGGAAAUACAGAUGUUUUGUCCGAUACGUUGCAUGCAUAAUUAACUGUAAUAUUUCAGAUGAUACAAUGACAGAAAUUUGCUCUGUUCCAAAUCACCUCCAUUUGCUUUUUCGACUUUGGGAAAAAAAGUCAAGUCUGAUAUUUAUUCAUAAUGAUCCUAGCCGGCUUUCAGCUGCAACAGCAUCCAACUUAAACAUUCACUUGGCAUGGAUAAGUCGACCUUCACAAGCUCAACCUCAAGUAAAAUCUUUGAUUUGUAACCAAAGGUCUUCCACACCCCCCAAGAUUUCCAUAAUUUGCAUUCCCCAGCGCUUGGCCUGAGCUGGUAAAUUUAUCGUUUCCUUGUAAGGGAUGCCAGAGAAAAAGGUGAAUGGGGCCAAAAUAGAUAAAUAAAAGUUUUUAUGUCAUUCCUCAUCUGAAACCAUACAUUCCUCCACUGUCAAAAGCUGUAUUCUCUUGUGAUUCCCCUGUGCCUUUUAUGACAGACGGGAUAAGUACCACUCUGAGCAAGUAGGCUGUGAACUCUGAAUUACCUCUGCUUGAGCCAAUUGGCAAUUCAUCGAGUACACCAAAGUACACUGGGCCUCAUUCAAGUUUAUCAGUUUUUUUUUUUUCUUUUUCUCUGAGAUUUUAUGAAGAGUCCUAAAAACACGGGAUAUUAUAACUGCGUCACAAAAGUCUGCAGAAUGCCAUUAAAAGGAGGUCUCUCUCCAUGCCCUGAUAAAGUAAAAAGCCUGAGAGUGAACAAGCGCUGGCCUUCACUUUGUGAGCAGAGGCAGGUGAGGAGGAGAAGAACAGUAUCCUCGUGCUUUGACAGACAGUGAGACAAACCAGUUGGGCAGGAGGCGUUUGUGUCUGUGAUACGGAGAGACAGGGGCAGGAGUGUAACCCUGAGAGGUAGGAGGAGGAGGAGGGCUGGUGAGCGGAGCAGUGUCUGAAGGAAGGAGACUUUGGCACUGCACCAAAAGUGCAUUGUAGAUUAGAAAUGGUCAUGCCUACAUUUUUACAAAUAUCAUCUUUAUCUCCCUGAAGACACAGCAGCAGCCCUGGACUCGGUGUGAAUAGAGCUUUUGUCAGUGUGGCCCAUUUACUAUUCGUGGGGAUUGUAACAUUUGGCGUUGAGGAGCUGUGCAGUGGUUUAGCGGCGAGGAGAGGUUGUUUAAUCCCAACGUCUGUCCUCCUCACCAGAAGCUGAACUUUUAAGCAAAUUAGCAUUAAUAAGAUAAUGAAGACCUUAUUAGUUACUUUCUGUAGUAAUGCCGUGGAUAAAGUACUAAGUUUGUGUGCUCAUAUUAAAGACAUUCACAUUCAUAUAAUCAGGUGGUUAUCUGAUUUCUUAUGCUUUGAACAUAUUUUCAGCCUUUGACGGCACAAAUAAGUGUAUUAGUAAUGUGUAUUAGUCUGCUUUUGUUUGUUUUGGUGGACCAGUGCACUGCGAGGGCGGGCUCUGUAAUAGGAGACUGUUUCUUGCUGCUUCACGAGUGCAGAUUUACUUCUUUAGAUGUUGCCUCUGUUUCACUUUCAGACUGUUUGAUUUCAUUAUUGAACUACAGCCACAAACCGUACAUCCUUUCCUUACUCCACAGUGAGGCUGCAGCUAACUUUGUUCUGCUAACCCAUGCAUGUAAAACUCUGGUUGCAGACAUGUUUAAGUGUCUACAUUUCCAAAAGUAGUAUUUCCAUGGCAGAAACAAUAAAUAGUUUUUAAUACCAACCUAGGACUCUAACCAGGACUCACAUUUGUUUUGAAGGAAUCAGGUUAAAGCAGAAAGUUGACUACAUGGUGGAUGGUUGCGCCCAUGUUGAUGCACCAGUGUUUGCAAAAUGCAAAACAAAAGUUUCUUUUCAGACAAAAAAUGCAAAUGGCUCAGCUCUGUCCUUUCUAAAUUUAAAUCCACAGAGGAGGAUUCUUAGUAUGCCAGUGUCACAGUUUUUAUGUGGAAGGGUUUUGUACACAACUCUCUUGAAUAAUAAAAUAGUAAAGGCCUACUUAUUGUUUAGUUCAGCAGUGAGUGAGGCCAUGCUGAAGUUGCUCCCACAUUGUAAAAAGUUUGAAAGUAUUGUUUUAAACUGGUGAAUUAACACUUUUCCAGCCAUGUGGUGCACAUUUAGUGUCAGUGGUAGCGGAUAUGAAAAGUUUGAGAGCACUUUGGAGACAACUUGGUAAUAAAAAUCAGUUUAAUUCCCCGGACUCUGAGGUAAAACGUUUCUCAACUUGCAGCAGAAAUAAUUCUACGAACCCAGGGAGAGUUUUUUUUUCCCCUUUUCCCUCGAUUCUCCCUCUCCUCUCCCUGGCCUCACUUUAACUGCCUGCUGAAAUGAACCAUGGCUUGGCAUUUUUGCAAAACUCCUCCCUUAUUCACCCCCCAACCCCCCACCUCCCCUCCUUUUUGCAGCCUCUCUCCCUGAUUCACAUACACGUCUGAUACUGUCUCUGGGCGGCUAUAAACCAUGUUAGCAGGGCCAGUUCUCAGAAAGGAGAGGCCUCCACUCGUUCUCCACUCCCUGUGCCUUACCAGGAAAACACUUUCAAAGAACACAUGAAGUGGGGGGGAGGGAGGUGACAGAGGGGCUGAGACAGUAGAGAAAGUGAAUGGGAAAGAUAUUGAGAGGCUUGAGAGAGAGGGAGACGAAGGUUACAUUGUAAGCCAAGGCCACCUGAUCCAACUGCAAAUAUAGGAACCAGCUGUAUUUGGUUUCUUUCGGACUGUUGUACUACUCUCCCAGAGUUUAGUAAAUUUAGCACAUUACACUUCGGAGAGCUGCAGAAAAUGUUAUUUCCUUGAGUGUUUCCAUUGCAGUAAAAUAGAACUAAUUUAAGUGUGAAGUCAUCUUCCCAAAAGAUUAAUGGCUUUAGCAAACCAGAAACAGAGAGAAGAACAUUUUGUUCAGUUUCUAGCUCAAGGCAGGAGUGAAAUAUAAUCCCAGUCCAAACUUUCUCUCUACUAAAUAAAAAAGCAGUCGGAGGUGUUUUUUUUAGUCAAGGUCUUUUUUUAUUUUUAUUUUUGUUAUUUUAAAAGUUAUACAAAAACAAACAGAAACAUCAGUGAUGUCUUAUUUUUGAACAGUAUAACCCCCCAAAGCUCCAACAGAGCCCCUUCCCAAUAUACCCUUCUUACACUAAAUAUAAAACAUCUAAUCAUAUGCAUACAUACAUCAUACAUACACACACAUACAUACAUACAUACAUACAUACAUACAUACAUACAUACAUACGUAUAAUUACAUAAACACACACACAUCCAUGUGCAUCUACAUUCACAUAAUAAUCAGAGGAAAAAGAUAAAAUAAGAUAUUACCUAGAAUGUUGUGGGGUCAUCAGCUUAAAUUGAUAAUAUCCUCAUCAUCCAUUUUUUGCUAUGUAAAUUAAGGAAGGUUGCUAGAUGGCAUAAAAUUUCUGGGCAUUGCCUCUUGUGGUGUAAAGUAUUUUCUCAAAUGUCAAAUUAUAAUUGAUAAUAUCAUUUAUCUCUGAUUUAAAAGUUGGAAUCAUUUUUUUUCAUCUGAACAGUUUCAGUCGACGAGUGAGGAGAAAACCAAAAGCUAAUCAUAAUUUCUGACCGGCGGCUGAUCCGUAGACCAAAAAUUGCUGUUCUAGGAGAAGGUUUUACGAAUAUCUAAAUGAAAGCUGGUAAAGUUGUAAAUAUCAAUUUACAAAACCUGUCUCAUUUUGGGCAGGACCACAACACAUGUGAGAGGGUGCCUGGUGCUUGUCAGUGUUGGUCGUAUGUGGGAUCAAAAGCAGGAAGCAUUUUACAUAACCUGACUUUGGACCAGUGGAGUCGAUGCAAAACCUUGAACUGAAUCACAGUAUGUCUUAAGCAAAUAGAAGAAAAAAGUAUUUUUUUCUAAAAGCUGCUUGCCAGACUUUCUCUAAAACUUUGCCUCCAGUUCUUCUUCCCAACAGUUCUUGAACCGAGUUGAAGGUUUCAAGUUAUGAGGAUUAAUGAAGGAAUAAACGAGCCUGAUGGAGCUUUUGGAGGAUGAAUUAGGAUUCAAAAUGGAGUCUAGGAGAGAGCUGGUCAGUUUAGAUGGAAAAGAAGGGAUGUUACGAUAAAGUUAUGAGUUUGAAGUUAUCUAAAGAAAUGUGAACAGGGCAUAUUGAACUUUGAUAAGCUGAUCAAAUGAUGCAACAGAAGUGUUAAUAAAGAGAUUUUCUGUUGUAGUGAGUCAUCCUCCUUUAAGCCACACGUCAAAAGCUCUGUUGAUAAUUAAUGGUUUGAAUAUGUGGUUUUUAGGGGUGCAUAGAUUGAGAUAUCAUCAUGAAAACAAUCUUCUGAAUUGUGUCCAUGUCUUACAAAAGUGUAUUACUAUCGGAUUUAAGGAAUAUUUGGUAGUAUAUGAGUUCAUGUGUGAAUUCAGUUUUGUACUGAGCAAUGCACUUAAUUAGAUGUAGAGUCACAAGACAAGUUUUGUAAUUGGCGAUUGUACUGUUACAUAUUUUUACAUAUAUUAGGCCUUUUCUUACUCUAAAUAAAUUCUGAUAUUAGUUUCUUCUAUUGACAUGAAAAAAAAGACUGAUAAAGAUACGGAAAUACUCUGAAAAACAUAUAAGAAACACAUUCAUAUUGAAUUUCCCUCAAUAAAGUUCUUUUUCCUCUUCUUCAUCAUCUUUUUUUGAAUAAACUGAUUUUCCCUCCUAAUGACAGAGGUAGCAGACUCCAACGGUUCAGAUCCUGUUUUUAAAUAGUUACUGUAUUUCUAAAUAAUAAUUAUAAGCAAUUAAAAACUAUGUGCUACUACAAACUAAAACUGAAAACUGUCCAUUUGCACAUUUUGAGGCACAGUGUGUCAGAUGUUGUGGGACAGAUUUGAUAGACAUGAAAUGUAACAUUCACAAGUAAGUUUAGAUCAAUGGUCUGAUGAACAUCCCUGUGAAUAAAGUUGUCUCUGUUUAUCUCAUCCUCCACACCUUAAAAAUAGUGUCUUUUAAAAACAUCUCCUUCUGCUGAGUUUUGACAGUCAAAUGAAUCUUUUUUUUUUUUUAGCUCUGUCUUUGGCCGCUCCACUGACACCUACCCCCUUGCACCAGUUUCAGGCAUUAAAGAUUUAAGUGUACAAAUCAAAUAUCUUGUUACUGAUGGCCUUGUUUGCUUUUCAUAUCAUAAAAAAGCUUAAAUAGAAAUGUUAGUCUGUUUCAGAAAUGUCAAAAAACUCCUCACAGGAGCUUAAAUGUGCAGAAAUUAAAAUGUAAAACUCAUUUUGCUUUUGUUAUAGUAGGAUGAGAAUUUUAUAUCUACACAGGAGCGGGUCCUCUGGUCAGUUGAAACACAGUGAAAUAGGACUAAAGUGAAACAGGACUUUCUUUAAAAAGAUAUAUAUACAGUACAAACUUGUUUUUUGAUGUUGCACAGUAUUUGUAGGUUUUCUUUAAAUAAAUUGGCCUAAGUCACAGUGCAUGAAACAUGUCUCAAUCAGCCUGCAGUAACAGGCUUUACAGCACCCCUCCUGCAUUAAUAUGCCUCUCCUCAGCAGUGCCUGUAGGCUUGUAAAACCAGAUGCAGCAGUCACCUGAGUCUUUGCAUGGCUGCAGAGGCUCACUCCCUCAAACACGUGUGGCUUUGGAGCAUGUUGUGACAGGAGCGGACAGUGUGCCCGGUCCUGAUGCAUGGCCUGUCUACAUGGUUUUGGAUGAAGCGAGGACGUGCAGCAGUGAAACCUGACCAGCAGCAUUCACACUGUUCCACUCCAUGUGUGAGCCAGACACCAACUGGCCUUGUCACCACUUUGUACUAUAAACACAAGUUCAAGAAAACAACAUGAUUUAAAGAUGUUUGGCUAAUUUUACCCCCAUCUGUUGAUGAAGGUGAUCCAUUUCAGUCCAGUCUUUUAUAAUUGAAACAAAUGAUUGACCUUUAUAUUAGUUUUAAAAGCCAAUGCUUGUAUUUAUAGAGAAGGUCAGCUGUUUUAUUGUUCUGUCACUUAAAAAAAAAAAGUACCGUUUGAUGAAAUGCAAAAACAUUAUUCCAUAGUAACAUUCUACCUAAUCAGCCCAGGCAUCUGUCAAUUCUGUUAAAUUUAAAAUGUUACCAAACCACCCAAUUAUUCAUCCUGACAGUUGAUUGAAACUCAGAAAUGUCAGAUACUGUGGUGCCAGAAAGUAGAAACAGAGGAAAGUUUUGGUAGGAAUGACAAAAUCACACAACUCCAUCAUACAGACAAAGCCUGUUUUUCUGUGGGAACUGAAACAAAGAAUUUUGCCUCAUUUCCCUGAUUGCACCUGAAAAGAAAAUGGCAGGAAUAAAGCAUCAAAAUAAAUUUGUGUUGUAAGUGUAAAAUGUUGUUUAAUUUGUAUCAGCUGUGCAUAAUAUUAGGUUUUAAAAUGUACGAAUUUUACAAAAAAAAAAAAAAAAUUUAACAAUGACAAAUCCGAUUCGAGUUAGAAUCUCUGGAGGUUUGAUUUGAGCCGUGAAAGCCUGAAAAUGACUGCGCUCUAUAUCUCUGCACAUGGAGGAGCUUUGGUUUCAAACACAGAGCUCUGACAGGAGAAUGCAGCAAAGCAGCUCCGCACAGCAUUACAUAAGUACGCUGAAGAUACAGAGCAAAUAUUUUGCUUCACAUAGCUUUGCUUCAUCCAGACAACUUUUGCUUGUCUGCUGCUUGCUUUGAACUUAGCUGUCCGGUCAGUGCAAACAGACAGAGACAGGAUCUGCUACAUUCAUCCGACCUCCACAGCUUCAUGUUUGAAUAGCACACACACACACACACACACACACACACACACACACACGAUUGUAUAGUCAGUUCACUAACAUAGAUGCUGAAUGAUACAGUUUGAUCAAAAUUUAGCUGGUUUGUCAGUUUUAUCAAAACUUAUUACCUGGCCUUCUAACUCAUUACCUGGCUGUGUUAAAUACUUGGUCCUGAUUGGUUAAAACCCUAUGACCGUCAUUAUGAAUAGCCAAUAGCAAAGGCGCGACAGGGACAACCUGAUUAGACGUCCCAUAUAUUAAACCAAUCUGUAGAAAGGAGUUUCGGCACAUCUGAAGACCAUAGUAGAUCUGGGCAAAGCUAUUUUUUUCAUUUACUGCAUAAAUCUUCAUUAUUAAACCAAUAAAUCAAUCAAAUCACCUUUUUGUGAGUGAACUUGUUUGUGUGUUUAGUUGGAAUCCUGAUAAGGUAGUAGACAUGGAAAAUAAAAUUCCCAGCCAGACUGUGUGAAAUGCUGUUGCCAGUCUUGUUGAGGACACUCUUUAAAGACAAAUUUAUAAUCUCAUUGAGUUCUGUUCCUCUCAGUUAAAUUUAGUUUAAAUGAAAUAAAUGAGGGUUAAAUAAUCCCUUAUUUUUCGAAAGCAAACCUAAACUUGGUCAUGAGAUCCUCUCUGUGAAGAUCUUUCACGUUGAAUUCAUACUUGAACAAGACUUAGAAGGCCUCAAAUGCACCAGCUCUGAAUCGUUGGAGUAAAUGUGUGCCAAACUGCAGCAGCACUCUAUCCAGCUUGUUUUUUUUGUUGUAUCUUUCCCAUUGGCUACAUCUCAGGGCAUGUCAAGUCAUAUGCCUGUCUCUCAGUGUGCAGCCUGCCAAGGAAGUGGUUCUAAUUGACUAACAAGUUGCUCUCUCUCUCUCUCUCUCUCUCUCUCUCUCUCUCUCUCUCUCUCUCUCUCUUUCUUUCUUCUCCUCUCUCAGCCCUUCAAUCUUUUUCCAUAUCCCUCCAAAACCCAGAGAAGACUCCAGGGCUACAGCUGCUUUUAGAGAAAAAAAAAGAAAAAAAAAAGGACUUCUUUGCACGAAAGUCAAAGUUUAAUGCUUUUUUUUCUCUCUCUCUGGAGUGCAAAGGAAUAAAUAGAGUGUUUAUGUUUGUUUGCAUGAAGGAGGAGAAAAAGUUCCUUCCUCAUGGGGAAAAUAUGGCAGACCAUUUUUCCUUCCUACUCCCUUUCCAAACUGCUGGAGCAUAUUCAGUGUGUGGGUUUAUAGCCCAAAUUUGUACUUAUUUCCAUGUUUUAUUCAAUUUCCCUGCUUUAUUGCAUGCAACCUGCCUAAACACAUCUGUACAUGAUCUCCAUGAGAAUUGGCUUUUGCUGUCUUUAGCUGAGUGAUUACAACAAUGUGUUUUAUAAAGCAAUACGAUUUUCAUUUUGCUUCAUCUGUAUUUGUGUCAGUCUGUUCUGACAAACACACUAUUUACUCAUUUGGACAUCAUUUUCGUGUUUAUUUUCCAUGGAAAUUGCACGGCACAAAUCUUGUUUUGGUGCGUUCAGACCAAAAUCAAAGCAAAAUUUGUGCACCAUGACUGAACACAAAGUCAGUACAAAGAUGCAGAUAGACGUCAUGACGCUGUGCCUAACGCUGUUAUGUUACAAGAAACAAAAGAUCAGAAUCAGUCAGAUGAAAAUCUGCUAACAUGAAUAAUCUGAAUUUUUGAAGUUGUUUACCCACAUGAAACUUUGUUUUACAACAUUCAAUGUAAAAUCAUUUAUGUGCAAAUAGCCAUUUGAAAUUCAUGGACUGCAUCAGUCCGAACAUCCAACCAUCCAUCCAACUUUUUAAUUUUAAUUUCCUUGAGGGAACCUUCCCAAAAGGAUAAAUAAAGUUGUAUCUAAUCUAAUCUAUCUGCUGCUAGUUCUGACACAAAAGGCUGUUGAUCCACUGAACGGGGUUAUCUAAGCCUAUCUAUGUUCCUGUGUUGCUGUUUUCAAAUGCAUUAACGAGUUGAAGGUUAACAAGGUGAACGAUGUCGGCACCAUAGACUGUAUAUAGAAUGGACAUCAUCUACAUCCUUGCUGGGUGAACCCUCUGCGAGAACAGCACCCCCUGGUGACUGGUUGCAGUAUAGGUCAUAAAUCCGGUUCCCUCCAGCAAAAAACUUCAGAAAUUUAUGACACUAAAUAUAUAUAUAUUUUUUCCUCUGAAUGUGAUGUUGACAUGUAGUUACUCAAGUCCUCUUUUUUCUGUGCAGCUCCAUUUUUAAAAGUUAUUAGAGGUUCAUGUUUUCUAUGAUUGACACCUGAUACAGCCUAUGGGUGUACGGAGAUUGUGUACCUCAUCCGGGGGAUAUGCUGUUUGAGCCGAGCGUCAUCACAGCGACUCUCCCAUUGAAUGCGUACAACGCUACUGCGCAAGUGGUGGUUCCAGGAGGUGGAGAAAAUCUUGAGAAACAUGGAGGGUAUUUGGCUUCAAAUUUGUAUAAUGAUGGAAGGCGGAGCCAAAUUGUCCAUAGUAUACACAGCCUAUGGCCAGCACACAUUUUGUCCACUUGUUGUUGACCGUUCUGGUAUUUCACUGGGAAACUAAAGUGACUGUGAUGAUGGCUGAUAGCAGGGAUCUUCAAGAUCUAGCUUUUUAUUUGUUGUGGCUGGCAUAUGUGUGUGUAGUACUUUGUGUUCCACACGCAUCCAAAUUGGUACACACUGGCCCUGUACUGAAAGUCCCGUAUCACGACAGUCCAGUACAUGUAUCUUUACAGUGCAUGUGGUUCUAGACAAAAAAGUGAUAUAGUAAACAUGAUGUUGCAAAUCUCCUGUUAGUAUUUGGAUGUUUGAGGAGCUGAAACACUUUUUACACUAAUGCUUUAUUUUGUGUCUUAAUUCAGCCACAAGUGACUGUGUUUCAGAGAGCCGGCAUUUGUUUGAUGGAACCUGGAGCAACAGUUUUUCCUGAAGUAUUUCCACGCUCUUUUAGAACUUUUUUUCUUUUUGUAACUGUUUUUUGAUUUUGUUUUGGGAGGUGAACUCCAAGAGUCAGAUGAAAAACUGCUGACAAAAAUAGCUUUGGAAGUAAACAACAAAAGACUUGUUCUGAUUCAUGGAUUGAUUUUUUUUUUUUGUAGUUUUAUGCUGUCAUGUAUUUAUAAAACCUGAACUGCAGGCUGAGGAGAGAGACCCUGUGAUGAGGGAAGAUGGGGGGAGGGGCCUGCCAGCCAAAAUGGCCAACAGGGAUAAAGACGAGCCAGAGGCCUGUCUGUGUGCUCGCUAGAGAGCUGGAGACACUGCCGGGCAAAGUUUUCAUGUUUAACUGGCAGGCAUGGAGACACGGAGAGAGAGCAAGAGAGAGAGAGAAAGAGAGGGAGAGAGAGUGGGCAGAGACAAAGAGUAAAGAGAGAGAGAGAGUGAAUUAAAACUGAAGUAAAAGAGAAGAAAUGCUCGAAAAAAAGGAGUAAAGAAUGCAAGAGAGCACAAGAGCGAAAGAGAGAGAGAGAGCAAGAGCGAGAGACUAAGACCAAGAACCAGAGAAUGAGAGAGCGAGUGGAACGGAAUGUGCUGACGCGGCGUUUCUUGUCUGAACUCCCCAAAUUAAUAAUCAGCAGCGGUUUAGCCGAGCCGUGCCAGGAACAGGAGCCUACUGCCAAGCCCCCAGCCAGGCCAGGCCCUCCCUGCUCCCACCGUCACCCCCCCUCCCCUCCCCUCCCCCACAGCUCCCAGGCCUGCUUUGGGGCCGAAUAGGAGGCGCUGCCUGUCUGCCUGUUCGGGCCGAGCUGGGCCUGGCGCACUGCCACGGGGCUUUUGCUUGUUCAGGAGUUUUGAUUAAAUCCUUUAUUGUGCUCCACUCACGCAAAGAGCUAAGGCGAAACACCGAGCGGGACGGAGCAGAGCGGAGGGGAGGAGAGAAAGCGAGAGGGGAGAAAAGAAAAGGGGGAAAAAAAAGCGAGGGAGGGAAGGGGAGGGAGGGAGGGAAAUGGGAUCUCUCUCUUUUUUCACUCUCGCUUUCUCCCUUUCUCUUUCACUCAGACUGAAAAGAUGUUUGAUUUAGUCUAUGGGGAGUUGUAAAGUAGAUAAAGUUUUUGCUCGCCAUCAGCACUCUGUUAUUCUUUGGGGUGUGGGGGUGGACCUUUUUUUUUCAUUUCACUCCUCUAAAUAAAGCCUCCUUUCAUCCUUUUGCACAUUUACCAAAUUGUUUUGCUAUUAUCGUAUGUCUUAUCAGUGAGGCCUUCAAAAUAAAAGCCAUCUUGGGGUCGGUCAGCACAAACUUUAAGUUGAGUCCUUUUUUGGAAGUUUUUGGAAAUACUUCCCAAACAGAGGAAAAACGGCUUCUGGGUGUUAAAAACAGGUGUGUUCCUCCAAAAAAUCCACCUUAUAGCAUUUUAUAGUUUUCCUCACCGACUUUAUGCAUAAGCAGGACAUUAUAUACGCUCUAUAUCUCAUACUGCUCCUAGUUAACUGAGCCCUUGUUGGUGCAGCACCCCCCCUGUGGCCUUUCGGAGGCUUUGUGCCAGAAGUGUAACAGUGAUUUGUGUUGUUGUUUCAGCUGUUUCUUUGCCGGACCUGAGCGAGCAGUUCACACCGCCAGAGACGGCUCCCCCAGCCCUCGUCAGCCUGAUCCAAGCCAUAGAGAAGAGAGGUAUAUACACGCUCGCUGGCCAACACUUUCUUCUGUUGUCUGUCUCGUCUGCCAGUCUCUCCGUCUAUGUGUGACUGUCUCCCUCUCGCCAUUUGCCUCCUGCUCUCACGCCAGCGUUUACACAACUGUGGACAUAUAGACACGGGGAUCUUUUCAGGCUGUCACACAGAUGUCCCGCAAGUUCAUGCGCACUCACAGGGCCUCUUCAGCCUCUUCAUUAGAGACCUAAAUAGAGUUUAUAUAUUUAUGUGGAUCAGUUCUUUUGAUCCUCUCUGAGAGUCCUGCACAUGGGGGUUGAUUGGUACCACGUUAUUAACAAAUAGUGCUCAGUGGGACUCCACUCACAACUUUGACUCCUUUUUUCAUUUUUAAAUUAUCUGUUUUUCCUUAACUCAGUUUUUGAAUUCAUUUAAAAGCAAAUUGUAGUCAUGAUCGAUCACUCGAUCCACAUUUAAUAAAAAUGUCAAAGCCCAAUCUGAAACUUUCUAACUUUGUCGAAAAUCCAAAGCUACACAGUCAUUUUCAACAGAAAAUUGCACCAAAUAUCUCCACUGGAAGAUCUGUCCCUUCGAAUUGUUUGGGCAUUUUUGCUUAAAUAUUUGCAUAAAACAAGUCGAGUUGAUAAAGUUGCCCUUUUUUUCAGAUAUUUCUUGCAGCUGUCUCAGAACAUUUAAUGAUUUAAUUUUGUGCUGCUGUUCGCACGCCCAGAGGCAGACCUCCAAGCACCAUUUUAUUUUGAAUAUGUAUCCUGACAGCUUAGGUAAAUUUAAAUGGUCACAGCAGGUCUUGUGUGAGAAUAAGGCACAUUAUGGAAACUGAUCCAAAACAAUAGUGCAAGUAAAAGCUUUGUGGAGCAUGUAUGAAUGAUUGAUAUUUUUUGUUUUGAACCCCAAGAAAGAAAGAAAUCGAGUCAAAGAGAAGCUGAUGGAUCGUAAGGACUACAGUUUUAACCUUUUAUAUGUGAUUAUUAUUUUAUGAUUGAGAGAGGUUCGUCUCUGAAAAACAACUGAAUCUUGAUACCUACUGGCUGGGCGACAGACGGUCUGUCCCCGAAUGUAAAUAAUAUAAAUGUAAAUAAUACAUUGAAUUACUUCCCAGUGUUGGAUGCAUACUCGCUCUGACUGCACAGUGAGGUUUUCACAACUAUCUGAGAGACUGGCGGGUCUCGAGGAAUUGCCUCCUAGAUGCAGAAGCUGUCUGGACCUGGUGGUCCUAAAUGCUUUCAGCGCCUGAGAUCUAAAUGAGAAAUGCAGUCAAUCCGAGGUGAAAGUUUCUUUGGGGAUAUUUUCACGAGCUGUGUUAAAUGUUUUUUUUUUUUUCAUGGAAGAGUCGAGUUACCAAAGUGAAGACUCGAGUGUUUGUCGUUCAACCACAAAAUAUUUUAACUGGACAGUUUCUUGUUUUUGGUAAUAAGUAGAUAAAUUUUCCACUUAGGAAAGAACAAGUUAAAAAUGAAUCCGUUACGGGGGGAACAUGAAUUAGUCCUGCUCUUUUAAAAACUGCUUGUACUAAAAGAUUGCAGGGACCAACUUCAGCUGAUUGACUGCCCCCUCUCUGUGGUUUCAUUUCAGACUGGACUAAGAACAGCUGAGAUGUAUCUAAUUUUUUUCUCAUUAAAUCCAAAAUAUUAUCUCACCAUGUGCUUUUAAAGUUCAAGCUGUGUGUUGAAAACUGAUAUUAUCCAGCACAAAAUAAAACCAUUUGGCCCGAGUACUUUAACACUACAGAGGAAUGAUGUUGUUCUCAUGAGUUUGCACAGUUAUUUCAUCCUCAACAAAGGCAUGAGCCCGUGGCUGCGCUGUUUUUAAAAUAUUUGUUCCUUCUGGCAAAAUUCAAAGUGGCUACUCAAAAUUCUCGCACUCUUGUCCAAUUCACUGAACUGUUUCCUGUUUUUCACACGUAACUAUAUUUUGUGCGGUUGAGGUCAUUUGAGCUUUUUUUUUUUUUUUUUUUUCAGGUCUGGACUGCGUCACGUUGUACAGGUCAACCCCAGGUUCUUCAGAGGCAGAAAGCCCUGUGUACAGUCUGAGCUCAGGUGAGUGAUUGAAGUCAGUCAUUUUAUGGUUUAUUUAUAAUUGUGGAUUUAAAAAAAAGUGUAUUCUGCAUUGUGAUAGAGCUCUAUCUUAUUUUAACUUAUUGAAGUUCGAUGUUUAGGGAAAUGACCGCUGUUGGUUUGAGACAAUACUUAACUUACGUUUAUCAGCAGUUUUGGUGGGACAAAAAAAUGCAAUCUGCUAAAUAUUGUCAUCCUGACCUGAGUGAUUUAAUUAUUUUCAUGUAGGGAAUAGAUAUUGAUACUUGAAUGUUAAAACUUGGGGCUCUAAACAGAUUUUCCCAUCAGCUUUAACCCCUGCACCACUAUGUGAUUAUCCCUUACAAAAGCUGACCGCACAGUGAUAACUGAGGAAGACAGCGUGUUGUCAAAAAGCAGUGAAAAAAACAACAACACCUCUUUCAAAAGCUUUCACAAAAGCACAACAAGAAGAGUUCUUCCACCUUUAAUACCAGGAUAAGAGGAAAGAAAGAAGAUGCACUUCAGUUAUCACACUUUUUAUUGAAAUGUGAACAUCUUUGAACAAAUAGACUGAUUUUCUGUGUAAGCACUAAAAUAUGUGUUUCUUUUUGAAAAGUCUUUAUGAAGGAUUCUCUAUUUCUUCCACUGAUUUUACAGUUUUUGUUCUUGGGCUCUAAAAGUGUAAAGACUCUCUGUGUCUCUCUCACUCUGUAACCUUCAGUUAAUCAGAAAUGGUGGUGUUUUUAAUGUGGUAAUAGGUUUUCCUCUAAUCAUCAUUUUGUCUUUUGGCUGCAGAGUGUGAAAUAGGUCAGAAAGAUUUGGCCGGAUUGUCAGAGUGUGUACUUCGUUACCUGAGAGACCUCCCAUCACCGGUCAUCCCUGCCUGUAUCUACCCCCACCUUCAAACUGCUGUCACCCUGCAGCAGGAGCAGCUCCUGCAACAAUCAACAGGUUUGUCUCCGAACAAAGAGUCUGACUCUCUUGUGCUCACUCUGCAGUUUUCUCAGGAUAUGCUAAAACUACUUUAUAACCAUGACAGAACUUGCAUAAGCAUAAGUCCAGGACAAACUGAAACCAGCCCAGUGUCCUGAACUUUGGAAAACUGAACUCAAUCAUGUAAAACCCCGGGGUAGGCUUUUGAAAAUAUUUGACAGCAAUGCAACGUACUCACAACAGACCUGUUUGUGCAAAACCAGUUAGGACCUCUUCCUUGGUGUAUUCAAAAUACCUGCACCCAUAAAGCUAAAUGUGAUGUAAAUCAGUUGUUAUGGAUACAUAAAUCAAUUCCAUAAGUAAAUGAGUUUGCCAUCACAUUUUAAAUGUAUGAAUUGGAGUCGCUUGAGUCUAAAAGUGAGCCUCGAGCUGCUGAUAUUGUUUCAGUGGAUGGAAGCUCUCGUCUCGUAGCCUCAGUAACUGUAAUUGAAAAGAAAUGCACGAGGCUGAGGGUGAGCCUCAUGGGCUGCUGAUCGAGGUCAGUCGCAUGUCAGCACGGAGAAAACAGAGUUGAGUGUUGGGAGAGGAUGAGCUCACUGAGGCAUGUUAGAAAUGCUCUUGCUGAUUCUCUUCUGCACAGAGGAGGCCAUGAUUUCAUUUCACAUGGACACAGGACCUAUUUACAGGGUCGUGCAUUGACCUGGUUUAUCAUUUUUGGCGAUGACAAGUUAUGAAAUGGAUCUGUUAGAUAUAAAAGCACGGCACAGUAUGUACAAAUAGCUUACCAUAAAAACUGCCUUGUGUUUAUUAACUUGAUGUUUUGCAGAUGGGGCAGUCGCUGGAAGCCACAACAGAGAGGUCAGUCUGGUCCUCGAGAGCUCCACCACCGUCCCUCUCCAUCACCGUCUCACCCUGCAGUACCUCCUCACACACUUGUCCAAGGUCACUCAGGCACAGGCCAGCAAUGGACUGGACACACACACACUAGGAAAGAUCUUUGGACCCCUGCUGAUGCAGACCGGACCCUCUACUCCUUGGUAAGAUUUAAAUAUAUGAAUUUUUUGAAGAGGACAGUGAACAGAGCAGGUGAGAGGGAGAGAGAGAGAGAGAGAGAGCGAGAGAGUGGGGAGUGACAUGCAGGAAAGGAGCUAGAGGCUGGAAGUGAAGUUGGGCUGGUGCUUAUAGCUGUAGUUUGAAGAGUAACAGGGCUUCAGACAGUGGUAUCAGGAGCUGGUAUGUGAUUGGUCAGUACAAGCCUGUGAAGAAACGGUGCCAUUAUCAGUGUUUGAUGAUACCAUUAAUGCUGUUUUCAGUCAGUCCUUUAAGUCUAACAAAGCUGAGUCUUUUAAAGAUGACAAAACACCAUUGCAUCUUCAUGACGUAUAAAGUCAAGGACAGGGAUGUGAUUCUGCCACAUUAUAACUAAACUGAGAACUUUCUAAAAACAUACUUUAAAUGAAGGAGGUAAUAAUCUGCUCGAUGAAAAAGGAGAACAGCAAUUGUUUGUUCAACUCAAGGCCAUAAUUCCUGCUUCUCUUUUUUCUACAUUUCAGUUGACGCUAAUGAAACUAAAAUGUUUAACUCUUUAAAAUCGUUUCACACAAGUUAUUUUUUCUUUGCACCAGCUGCUGAAGUAAAGUCUGAGCUUUAAUAUUUCAGCUGUGUCAGAUCAGUAGUCUCAGUUGGACAUUUCUAAUCUCUAUAAUGAUUGAAUUGUUUGUUGGUUUGCAGGUUGUCGUUGGAUGAUGAGUUACCUGCUCUCGUCGUGGAGAAGCUGCUCAUAGAGAGAACCGCAGAGCAAGACCUCACUCCUCCAGGUAUACUGUUUGUUGGGAUUCAGUGUUUUAGUGAGUUUAUCAUUACAUGAGUGUAAAAGACUUUCACUGGUUCAUUUUAUGUGUGUUAAUAUUGUUGUUGUUAUUGUGUUUCCAGUCCUUCCAGCAAAGCCAGUCAAGUCAAAAAUGGCCCCCGCAGCCAUGACAGACACAAGUGGCCUGCUGACAGAUGCCGAGUGGUACUGGGGAGAAAUCUCCAGGUAAAACAUGAUCGAUACUUCUGAUGUUUAUUUAUGCUUUUGUCAAACUGCUGCUGCUCACUGUCCAUGUUCAAUCAGUUAAUUCUGAGUCAUCUGACUUGCAGAGAGGAGGUGAAUGAGAAGCUGCGAGACACUCCUGAUGGCACCUUUCUGGUUCGAGAUGCUUCAAGUAAACUGGAGGGCGAGUACACACUAACCCUCAGGUAACACAGCACUCUUAUUUAUUUAUUGCACUGUCCAAACACUCAAUCAAAUCUGCCAUUUUUGGAGAAAUAGAAAUUCAUUAAUCCCUCAGUCAACAUGAACAGCCGUGUAGCUCAUCGCCUGAUUUUGAUUUUGUUUGUCUCCCCCUGCAGGAAAGGGGGGAACAACAAGCUGAUCAAGAUUUACCACAGAGAGGGGAGGUACGGCUUCUCAGAGCCUCUUACCUUCCUGUCCGUGGUGGAGCUUAUCAAUCAUUACCGCCACGAGUCCCUGGCACAGUACAACGCCAAACUGGACACGAGGCUGCUUUAUCCAGUCUCCAAAUACCAACAGGUGGGUCAGCCUGCAGAUUUUGGUAUUCGUUGGUAGUUGUUUGCAAACAUCACAUUCGUAUAAUUUCCUUCAACAUCAUGACACUUUCUUUGCAUGUUGGCGAGACUCAGCAGAAGUUUGUCUUUUUCUGUAAAUAAAAUCUGCAUGAGUUUGUUGGUGAUCUUGCUGUCUUCUGCCCGUCUCAGCUGGUGAAGGAGAACACCAUUGAAGAGGUCGGGGAGCAGCUGAAGGUUUAUCAUGAGCAGUACCAGGACAAGAGCCGCGAGUACGACUCUCUGUAUGAGGAGUACACACGCACCUCUCAGGUAUGAGUUCAGCACACACAAACACCACACUAAUGCGCACUCACACACACUCUCAGCCCCAGAGAAAGAAACUAGAGAUGUGUUAGUCAAUUACAUGUGACAUGGAAGUGUGACAUCUCAAUUAUACUUUGUCGUAUUUUCAGUUUGUUGAUUUUUGACCUUUGCUGCUCUGCCAAAGUUGUUUCAGAAAGUUUGAUUCAAAUAAAAACUUGGAGAUAAUUGAUAUGAUGGAUAAUUAUUGUACAUUAUAUGUCCUAUUAUAGCUGCAGAGGGAUUAGUAACAAAUGAAACGAAUGUAAAAUGAAUGGAAUCACCAAAACUACCAGAAACACCUGAACGAAUCUGUGCUGAAAACCAGCAUGAUUUAAAGACAUGACAUCAGAGUAAAAGAUAUGUGAUAUAGAAGCAGUGAUUAAAAAACGUUUAAUAUCAAAUAAGUGAAAAAGACGGGAGAGUAGUAAUAAAUCUGCACCAACACAAAAUAAAAUAAAAAUAUGUCCAAAGUAGGAAGGCCUAGACAAAAUAAAGUGAUGACAGAACGAUGGUGACAGUCGACUUCUCUGUCUUGUUGUCUCACAGGAGCUGCAGAUGAAACGUACGGCCAUCGAAGCUUUCAAUGAGACCAUCAAGAUCUUUGAGGAACAGUUUGAGACUCAGGAGCGCUACAGCAGAGAGUCUCUGGAGCGGUUCCAGCGAGAGGGCAACGAGAAAGAAAUUCAAAAGUAGAUUCAUGUUUUUAUGCAUGAGAAUAUUGAGGUUAUAUCAGGAGCAUUUCACCACAAAUAUAAACACGAUUUUGAAUUUUUCUCCAAUCAGGAUUCAGAGCAACUCUGAGCGUUUGAAGUCUCGUGUGAAGGAGAUCCAUGAGAGCAAGCGUAAGCUGGAGCAGGACCUGAGAGAGCAGGUGUCCGACAACAGAGAGAUCGACAAAAAGAUGAACAGCCUCAAGCCUGAUCUCAUGCAGCUCCGCAAAGUCCGGGACCAGUAUUUGAUGUAAGGAAAUCACUACCUGUUUACAGAAAAUGAGAGAUAAUAAAUACGCAGAAGACUAGAUGUGAACGAACUGUCUGCUUUGAAUCUAGAUGGCUGACACAGAAGGGGACGAGGCAGAAGAAGAUCAAUGAAUGGCUGGGCAUAAAGAACGACGCUGAUGAGUGAGUGUUUCAGCUCGACCUGUUAGUCUUUGUGCUGCUCAUGUAAGAAAUGUGACUGAAUGUUUUCUGCUGCAUUAUUUUACUUCCAGCUCCUACUCCCUGGAGGAGGAUGAGGGCUCGCCCCACCACGAUGAGUGUACCUGGUAUGUAGGCGACAUCAAACGCACACAGGCAGAGGAAAUGCUGAGAGGCAAAAGCGACGGCACCUUUCUCAUCCGAGAGAGCCAAUCACAGAAGGGCUCCUACGCUUGUUCUGUUGUGUAAGUUUUUUUUAAUUUUUUGGUGUUUGUGUGGGUAAAAUCUGUUCAAAACAUCUCUGCCAGCAUUGGAAGAUUAAGUUUUUUAUCUGCCCCGAACAUUAAAACAGUUUGUUUGUUGCAGGUUGUUUCCUAAAUAUCAGGAACUUUAUAAUUUACCCCUGUCUCGUCACUUGUACUUAUAGGAAUGAUAGGCUGACUGUUCACAUGUUUAACUAGCCAAGACCAAGAGACGUCAAACUGGGAUGGGAAAGGUUUUGGACAUAAGCUGAAAAAAUAAACCUUGGGAAAUGUUGAGAUGGAAGAAAACUGAGCUUAAAGGCAGUCAUCAGCCAAAGCUCAUCUUUAUGUAGAAAAAGAUCAGUGAUCAACAAUUAAACAUAGCUUAAGUAAAUCAAAACGAUGAAUAGGGGUUAUGCAAUUAAAACUGUAAAAAAAAGUUUAAAAAUAAACUGUUUUGACACUGUGGACGAUGUGUAAAAGUCAUCUUUGUCCGUUUUUCCAGUGUGGAUGGCGACACCAAACACUGCGUCAUCUACAAGACAGCCACAGGUUAUGGAUUCGCUGAGCCCUACAACUUGUACUCGUCCCUCAAAGACCUGGUGCUCCACUACAAAAACGUCUCCUUGGUCCAACACAACGACCAGCUGAAUGUAAAUCUAGCCUACCCGGUUCUGGCCCGUUCCCAGAACCAGAACCAGCACCCCAGAUGAAUUACUCACCAGCAGUGUUGGACGCCAACCAGGGUCUGGAAACAAAUUCUUCGCUCUUAUGCAUUGGGGACAAAGUGAACCUCUGAACAAUGCUUGUUCUUGUUUAAGUGGCAAUUAAAAAUAGACUCAACAGCCACAAUUUACAAUUCAUGCGUUUUUUAGCUGGAGGCUGGUGCUUCUUUCCCACACAGACCCCAGUCCAGCAGAGAGCACUCCUUGCUAACAGCAUGGCUUCAAAAUAAGCACACUACUACCAGAAACAAAGCACUGUACAGUUAGCCUGGCUGAGGCAGCGGGUUUUAAUAUAAGGAGCGUGUCGCAAUCGCCAGCCAUGACUGUACAGUGUCAUUAAAGGAAAAACAUGAAAAUACCUUUGAUACAUAGAAAAAAAAACAGACUAAAUGUGUUUUAAAGAAGAAAAAUAAGCACACAAAAUGCUGUUUUUUUUAAAUAACGGAGAAGAGGAGAGAUGGCGGGAUGAUGGGAAAACUUAGAGGAGGCGCUUGUUUUUCGUAUUUUUUUUUUCCGCCUUGAACACGUGACAACUGUCCAUAGACAAGGGCCCGAUCUGUCAUCCCCAGACUGCCUGCAAACUCUCCAUCGACAAAAGCCUGAGCCGUCAUCCACUGACGGGGUCAGCUUGGCUAAAAUCAGGCUGCUCGUCACACCUACAGGCGGCUGAGAAACCGUGGACCAGGCGGGUGUAGUCACUGGAGCCGAGGGGCAGGGGUUUGGGUGGGACGGAGGUUUUUAGUGUUUAGGUUUGAGUUUAAAGCUUGCUUAAGUGCCAUAGUUAUAGCUUUGAAUGACCACAAGCCUGUGUCUAUAGAACAAGGUCGGGCACGCCGAGGUUGAGAGAGGAAAGGAGGGGGAUGAUCGGCUGUCGACGUAGACAAAGCUACAGCUUUAAAAGAUACUCACAUAUAGGUCUAUUUUUUAUGAAACUGUGUUUAUUUCCAACUGCUUUGGCAUGUUGCUCUCUCUCUCUCUCUCUCUCUCUCUCUCUCUCUCUCUCUCUCUCUCUCUCUCUCUCUCUCUCUCUCUGUGGGCCUCAUUUUGAAUCGACGAGGUACAUCAUAUACAGUCAUACUGUAUCACAGGACAGAUAUGCAUGGUACAGAUUUGGUGUAUUAUAAAUCAGAGCAUUACUUCUCUCUCAUGAUACACCAGAUAGAGAAGUACUUUGUAAAAUGCAGCUCCAUGUGAUUUUCCUCUGAAUGAAAAAGUGGAAAGACUCCUGCAUCAAACGUCCCUUUGUUUCAAACUUCCUCCUUCUUUUUUCAUCCUAAUACUGUAGCACCUGUAGCCAUUGACUUAAGGCAUAACUGUUAGUGCUCCUUUCAUGUGUCUCAUUUUUGUACGCUAAAGACACUUGCAGAGCAUCAAUCUUUGUGAUUAUUGUAUCCUCGGUACUGUAUUUGCCUUGUCUCUUCUUAGAUUAGACUGUUUUAGUGGUACUUUGUCCUCGCAGAUGUUUAUUGUUGUUGUUUUUUUUAUGCAGAUUUUACUCACGGUACUUCCUGCUACCCGCCUUCGCGCUUGACUGUUCAUUUCAUCGUUAAGGUUGACUCACAGAGCUGUAUAACAUUGUUGUACAAAAAAAAAAGAAAAAGAAAGCAGUAAUAUAACACAUGUACAGUAUAUUUCAGACACACAUGCAGUCAGUGUAUGUGACUUUUUACCGUUUCAUGGCUGUGUUUUUCUUUAUUAUGUUUUUUGGAAUAUUUGCUAUGCUCUUAGAUUCAGUUAAAGGAUGCAGAGUAUCCAGCUAAUGUGAGCCAAAUGAAGGAUAUCUUUUCAUGUAGCAAGAAAGAAAAGAAGAAAAAAAAAGAGAGACGUUCCUUUUUGCCAUACAGCGUGGCCUCUGUGGUCUGAGAGAUUACCCAGUACAGUACGCAUAGAGUCCUUCAUUUGGGUUGUUGCUUUUCUGUUCUUACAAGGUACCAGUGGUUUCAAAUAAUCAUGCUUUUUUUGUACAGUACGAUGUGCCGUAGAGCAGUACUAUGCACAAUGCAGUUGCAUGUGGAUUAUUAGUUUCAGUAUUCCCCCGUCACUUCCCUCGUUUCUGUGCCGUGGCAGUGAGUUGAUCUCUCAGUUCCCUCGUGUUAAUUUCGCUCGAGGUCAAGAUUGUACCAUCUCUGUUCUUUGUCACUCUCAAAGCACAGUUCAUUUGUCUCGAGGGUUUUUUCAAUCGUUCUGGUACAGUUGUUCAAAACGAAGAGGCGUCACGUGAUGCUUAUUCUAAAUUUGAUUCACAUUAUUGAUUUCUUGAGAAUGAAUGAAAAUGAAAUCACUUUGAUUUCUUACAGUAGACUCAGAUUGCCAAAAAGAAAGAUGUAUUUUUGUAGAAAGGUAUGGAAGAGUCAAAACUGAUCAGAAUUGGAGGAUUGGAGAAAAGUAGUGCACUGUUUUUAAAGGUUGCACAUUUGGUAUUUUGGGUUUAAUUUUGUUGAAGUGGAUUGAAAUCAAACAUUUACCUGCUCUUCUAAUCACGAAUCGAACUCAAAAUCUGCUUUUUACAUUAAACUUCCACUUCUUAAAUUCACAACUUCAGGUAGCAACGAUUCCCGGUGACCCAUUAUCAGGUGAAGCGAACUCCAUCUGAAAUCUUCAAAUCACGACAUGGGUUUGAUUUCUGUCAGGACGAAUCAAUUGUACUGUACUUUGCACAGUUCUUGGCAAGUAGAAAAUCCCAAGAAUUAAACCAGAGGUGAUGGCGCUGCUUCUGAUUCGAGGGCUAUAAAAACGUGUGAGUGAGAAAGAUUAGAAGUGCCUUUAGCCAUCGUGUCGAGCUCGUUUUCUCCUCGUUGUCAGUGGAGCGUCGCUCUAUGAGACGGUGCCAUCGCCACCACAUGCUGUGCCCCACGGUUCACACAUUUGCCAUUUAUCAAAGCGUAUCUGGCGGAUGAGCAUAGUUGUUUUAGUUUGUGUGCGUUCGCGUGUAUGUGUGUGUUAGAGCAGUUAGCAUGUUCUCAAUAAGAGAGUGACAGAUUUUAGUCGUGCCUCUUUGUUGUUACAUCUCUAGUUGUUACAUAUUCCUUCUUUCUCUGGUGGGGGCUGUACAGUAGCUUGGUGCUCUCUCUCACUGUGCACCAAAGCUACGUUUUGUUGGUGUUUUUUUUAAUUAUUAUUUGUCUGAUUAUAUUUUAAAUAAAACUCAGAUGAGAUAGAAAUGUGAACCGUAACACAUCCGUAGCCCAGCCCAGUGGUUUGAAGUUCAUUUGAUAAGCUCUCAAGAAAAUGCACGCAGCAUUUCUCAGUGUUUAUUUUCCUGGUUGAGUCAUCCACCGCUGCUGACACAUCCAUUAUCCAGUUUGUUGGACCAACACCUCUGUGACUGCACUUUUAUUUCUGUUCCACACACUAAAGGUAGUGUGUCUGACGCCCAACAACCAUAAACUCACAGACAGUGGUGAAGCUCAGUUGUCGAUAGUGUUUGUAGUUGAUUUUUUCCGUACAGUAUAUCAAGAGGGAUUGGCAUAUUUCUUUAUGAUAUUGGAUUGUCUUGUAUACAGUAUACGCUUUUGUUGUUGUUUUUUACGGUCACAGCUGUCAUGUGAUUCUGAUGCUUUUGACUGAUUGAGAUGUUUUCACUGUAGAGUUAGAUUUACUAUAUGGGCUGUACAAACUCUGUAUUACUUUUCAAACCAUGUUUAAGGAGAGCUGCUGGUUAAUUAUGCAAUUUGUGUCGGCACUGCGAUACUGUCCAACUUAACAAGUGAUUCAACAUGAUUAAGGAAAAAACUAAAACAUGUUUCUGCUACAUGAGAGCCUUGCCUGGAACGGGUCAUGUUGUAUUCUUGUACUCAUUAUAAGACGGCAUUUUCACUUACAGCGUCUUUGAACAUGCAGGAAGUCAGACUGUGGUGAAUCAGUCUGAAGAAUUUCAACUGAAACUAUCAGGGACUUUUUAAAGCUACUAAUGUCUUUGUUGUUUAAACGGAAAUAAAAACCCCUGACUAACCGGCUCGUCUGAAAGUAAGAUAAGCGAUCCAAAUUUAGCACAGGAUCACAGAGCCUCUGAAUUGGUUUGUUUAUUGUGGCUAAUGGCAGCCGGGCUGGCAGCACUAACAUUCAGUGCUCCCCUAUUUUUUUAUUUACAUAUGCCUGUGCAGGUUAAACACAGCCUACACCCAACAUCAUCUCUAUUUUCUUGAUAAGAAUUCUGCCAAACUGCUCCACGCUGCAAGAUGCCAUCUGUCACCUGUGUUUGUGUAAAUUUCCAUCACAACAUGGGACAGACAUUUCAGGCUUAAAAUAGUCAAAUAUUCCUCAUUUGGUGCUAACAAAAGUGGGUGACCAAGUUUUUAAUAGUUAGUUGACUAGCCCUAGACAUUCUUGGGAACUACUCUUGCUGAAGAAGAUAUCAAUCAAAAUCGAGUUCACAGUGGGGGCUGUGAUUCUUCAGAAGUAUAAAGACGUCAUUGCUGCAGAUUGUGUAAGAUUAAGAUUUUCAGUUCCUCAGAGAAGUUCAUGAUCCGGGCGGUUCUGCGCACAUUCAGUGAAAGUUUGUAAUUGGAUGUCCCCCAUCAUCACUUGUUAAGCUGGACAUUUUUGCAGUGCAGUUCAACACUCCCAUCUGCCAUAUAUGCCAUGUUAUUAACAGAUGUUUAUCAGCUUAAAGCAAUGCAACUUCAGUAGCAGUGAGCUCUGGUCAGGUAGUGAACCCUGGUCAGGCAGUGAAGCGGGAUGAAGACUUUUUUUCACUUUGACUUAGAGUUCGGACUUCCGUUUUGUGGUCGAUGUUCCUCUGAAUGUCAAAGCUUUCAUCCUGCUCUUCUAUCAGAUAUGCAUUUGUGUCGGAGCUUCUUAAAAAAAAAAACAAAAAAAAAAAAACGGUUUUCUAUGACACAGAUAAUCAUUCAAGGAAUCAGAUAUUUUUUCAUCAGCUUUGGUACACUGUAAAUGAUAUUUCUUGAGACAGCCUCACACACAAAGCACAUCUUUCUCCACGUGUAUUUGGUGUCGAUUAAAGGUUUGAAGAAUGAGAGACAUACUAGAGAAUAAAUAUUUUGAAAUAUAUACUUAGAUAUCUAUAUUUUUGGAUGAUGUCAAUCUGAUUUGGAUUGUGCUUGAAUCAAAUCAGGAGGAGGCUUUGAUGUGAACAUGAUCUUGCUCCAUGGCUGCUUUGUGUUUGAGCAGUUAUUGAAACGCAGGCAAUUUUUUUACUAAUCAGCUGCAGUGAGCUUCAUCAAAACGUUGUGGUUACAGUCAAUCAACAUUCAAGUAAUCAGUUCAGCAUGAUUAUCAGGUGCAUUCAGAGGAUGAAGCAAGCUUAUGUACAUGUGUUGAUAUUUACAGAGCUGAGUCUAUAUGUUCAAUGCAGUCUUGGCUGCUUUGCAUUUAUUAAAUAUUAGAGAGAAGUUUUUUUUGUUUUGUUUUGUUCUUUGAAUCUGUUUUGUCGAUUGAAAGAUUCUGGUUUUUGUGCGUUGACAGAGUGUUUUAAGUUGCACCACAAAAGACACACUAAGGAUGCUGCCACAGAGAUCCCCCACAGUUUGGACACUGAUUCUGUAACAGAGUGAUACAUCUUACCACUGUUUUUUUUAUCCUUUGGUGGAUCUCUGUGGUGGCUGAAGGGUUAAGAGAAAAAAGGUACAUGAUUUAACGGUUUGUGAUCACUCCUUUACGCAGACAAAAGAACCAUGAUGGCAUUAGAGUGUGUUCUUUACGGUGCCUGAGUAUAUUUUGUUUUUGUUGUUGUUUUUUUUAAUCUGGCUUUUUAAAAAAGCUCAUAGAUUUGUCUGUCCAAGUGUUGGUUAUUUUUGUUUGUUUGUUCACAUCUGUUAAUGAUAACCUUACAGAGCCUAUAAAGAAAAAAAUAAGCUAGCUUGAAUUUUUUUUUCCUCCAUACAGAAAAAAAGAAAUACAAAUGUUUACAAUAUGUAAUUAACCAAAUAGUAAAUACGCAUUUGAGAAUCAAUCUGUCUGUCCCUCAAAGUGGCCGUGAUAGAUUGAUUUAUAUUUCAUUAUUUCCUCUGUCAUGUUAAACUUGAAAAUGUUAUGACUGCUUGUUCUGUUUUAUUCUGUUUGUUCAUCUUUUAUUUUUUACUUUUGAGAACAGUGCUCCCUCAAUUUCAAAAUUACAACUCAACAAAUGUCAAGUUUGAAAACAAAAACAUCCUGUAGAUAAUCUUCAGUCUUUGUCGAUCUUUACCUGCUGACUUCUUCCUCUUCCACUGAGCCUUGUACAUGCAGGACUGAAUCCUAACUUUAGAUGCUGUCAGUGUUUGUACAUUUCACUUUGACUGUUGUAGGUGUUUCUUUUGUAAGGACUUAGCCUGAAGAAUUUAGAGCAGGUGGUGCUCACAUGGUGUGACUUACAGUCCCAAUACAGCCCUCAUUUAGCAUGCUUGAGUAAGAUUAAGUACAUGAAGAGAGUUUAAACUUCAGGAAAACUAUCAUGAGGCGCCCAUUUCUUGAUUUUGCACUACACAGCAAAUAAUCCUGAAAAAAAGAAAAGCUCAUUGAAUUGUUGUACGGUUAGGCUAAGUUUUAAGACCAAAUGUUCCUAUGAUAGUCUCAGCUUUUGUGAUUUCAUUUGAAAAUGUGUUGUUGGCAACUCUGCACUUUCAUUUCCCUUUUCAUUCAAUAACUCCACGUCAUCACUUCUGGAUUUGAUCUAAAAGGUUGCCCUGUGUUUGAUAAAUCCAGUGGACAUGAUGUGUUUUUGUACUGGUUUUUACUGGUGUACAGUAGUUGAUCCUCCAGACUCAAUUCUGCAUAUUGGACACAAGAAUGAUGGUGAUACAAUCUGCAGCAACAGCUUAAAAUCCAAGUUUUUACACCAAGAGCAGCAUCCUGUCUCUUAUUCUCUUAUGUUUGCCCAAAAUCUUGCCCAAUCUCUGCCUCAGCAGCAGCGACAACAAAUAUCUGAUUCCUAAUAAAUGAUGUGUCCUUAUUUCUUUUAAAAAUAAUGAAUGGAAGUGAAUGGGGCAGUCUGUUAAAGCUACUUUACACCAAAGUGCAAUUGAACUCAGAGGGAGCACUGUUAUUUCAGCCAGUAGAGGCGCAACGGUUGAGGUAUCAACCCAACCCCCUAUGCACGAAAAAGAUGGUUCUUCUUCUUCUUCUUCUUCUGUUCUCUUGUGUUAUCUUUCCUCUGCUGGUCUGUCUUAAUUCAGAUGAGACAUUUCUUUCUAUCUUGUGUACAGCUUGCUUCAGAGUUAUGUUUGUCCUCAGACAGGUACUCUUUCAUCUGUAUGGUUCUUUCUUUAGGCUGAUGCAAUGAUUUUAAAAGACAAUAAAAGAUAUAUGAAAGGAGG